AUCACUUUGAGAGUUACACGGCAAAAGCUUCGGUUUUGUUGCUACAUAUGGCCGGGAGAAAGAAAAGAAAGCUUAAAUUGUUAGCUGAAACAGUAAAUGGGGAUGAAAGAAUAGCAACUGAGGAUGGGAAGGAAAGGUUGGAGAUUCAAACAUGGUCUGAUCUUCCUGUAGAACUUUUGGAAUUGAUUAUGUCCCACCUAACUCUAGAGGAUAACAUUCGAGCAUCUGCUGUCUGCCAGAGGUGGCAUAAGGUUGCAAUUUCCGUCCGGGUGGUGAAUCAAUCACCAUGGCUCAUGUACUUUCCAAAAUAUGGUAACUUGUAUGAGUUCUAUGAUCCAUCUAAGCGUAAAACCUACUCCCUUGAGCUACCAGAGUUGCAUGGAUCCAGGGUUUGUUACACUAAAGAUGGUUGGUUGUUGCUAUACAAACUCAGAAAUCACCGUGUAUUCUUCUUUAAUCCCUUCACUCGGGAGAUGAUUAAGCUUCCUAGAUUUGAGUUGACAUAUCAGAUAGUUGCCUUCUCUUGUGCCCCAACAUCUAGCAGCUGUGUGGUUUUUACAAUUAAGCACAUCAGUCCUACUAUUGUUGCUAUUAGCACGUGCCAUCCAGGGGCAUCGGAGUGGGCCACUGUUAAUCACCAGAAUCGCUUGCCAUUUGUUAGUAGCAUUUGGAACAAACUUGUAUUCUGCAGUGGAAUCUUUUAUUGUCUAAGCCUCACUGGUUGGUUAGGGGUUUAUGAUCCACUGGAGCAUACUUGGAAUGUUCUUGCUGUGCCUCCUCCAAAAUGCCCUGAGAAUUUUUUUGCCAAAAAUUGGUGGAAGGGCAAAUUUAUGACAGAGCACAAUGGAGAUAUCUUAGUUAUCUAUACAUGUUGUACUGAGAACCCCAUUAUAUUUAAGCUGGAUCAAUCAGAAAUGGUAUGGGAAGAAAUGCGAACCCUUAACGGUGUGACACUAUUUGCUAGUUUCUUGUCGUCUCAUUCAAGAACUGAUCUCCCUGGAAUAAUGAGGAAUAGUGUCUACUUCUCUAAAGUUCGUUUCUUUGGAAAGCGUUGCGUAUCAUACUCCCUUGAUGACUGCAGAUACUAUCCCCGUAAACAGUGUUAUGACUGGGGAGAGCAAGAUCCCUUUGAGAACAUAUGGAUUGAACCACCCCAGGGUGCCUCACCCUUCAUCUGAAGAACACUAGUAGUACAAGUGAGUAUGUUUAAAGCUUUUACAACAUACUCGUGAUAUUUUUAUCUACUUAUAUUUUUCACAGCGUCCAUGGAAUGUCUAAUAAUGCUUGCUGUAGAAUAAUUGCUUAUGAAGGAGUUGAUUAUGUAUUACAAUAACCCUGUUUGGUAGAACUCCAUUGAUGCUCUCUGUAUUCACGGAAGCACUUCUUCAUGCUUUUCAGAGAAUUUGUGUAAUCUUAAUUUAUUUUUCUUUCAAAUUUAAGUGUUUUUCCCUUGUAAAUUGAUUCAAACACAGCACAGUUGAUCAUAUGUAAUUUAAUUUCUUAUCUAAUUAGUUUAAUAAAGCAGUAGCUAAAUUUCAUCCUUGACGUGUCAUUUAAUAUA